AUAACGCCAUAAGGUCAAUAAUAAUUCGUCCAUCGUCCGUACAGCCGUUUAUUGAUAAUCUAUAAAAUAUAUCAAAUCGAGCAAAGCCAUUUUAUCGUUAUGAAAUUAGUAUUUCAUCUAUAAGUGCUAACACCAUCACGUCUCGCCGUGAUGCACGAAAAACAAAUCAUAAUAUCAUAUCGUGUUAAUAUUAUUAAUUAUUAUUGUUAAUCAAUCAAAGACAUUAAAAUCUACCAACCAACGUGUGACUUUUUUUAAAAUUUACAAAAUUAAAAAGUACUUAAAAAAUGUCUUUUUUACCUAUCGGUAUUUCCAAGCAACUUUUUUCGUGUUUUAUAGGUAAUAUACACCUAUUCGCCUACCUACCUUAUAAAUUAUAAUUCAUUUUUAUUAAUACCAUCGAUCGUUUAUUAUUAUAGACUACAUUUUCAGCUAAUUUCUCAUAAUACCAUUAUAAUAUUCGUGAUUACAGUGUCCAUGCCAUUGUUGAUGGCCGGCACGACGUUGGGAUGGUCGUCGCCAAUGAUGGAAUACGUGGCAAAUGGACAGUCACCAAUUCCCCUAACCGCGGCCGAAGAAUCUUGGAUGGUCACUUUCAUAGACAUCGGAAACGUCUUAUUGUCGAUACCGUCAGGCAUACUGAUGGAUCGAAUCGGUAGGAAAAUGUGUGUUUUCCUGACAGUUCCGUUGACGCUAGCCGGUUGGAUACUGAUAUUGACCGCUCGACAGGUAUAAUAAUAAUUAUUACAACGUUUUAGCAAAAAAAAAAAAGUAUAAGUAGGAAAUCUACUAAAUAUUUUUUUCUUCACUAAUGUUUCUGCGCGUUUCCCGGCUAUACCUACCUAUAUUCAUAAACACACCAUGUGUGUAACAAUUUAAUUUAUUAAAAUAAGCAGUGUGAAGAUAAUAUAUUAGUAAUUAUUGAGAUUCAAAUGUUUCAAUGCAAGUACGACGUAGGUAUAUAAAGUGUUGUGGCUAAGAGGCUAUGAACUCUAGGUUACGUCUUCGUCUAUCAUGCAAUACAAUAAUAUGAACUUAUAAACGAAAUUGUAAUUUAUAUAUGCUUUUGGGAAGUUUGUAGAACACAUAAUCAUAUGACAAUAAUAAUAUUCUUAUUAUUGAUGUAAUUUUACAAAUUAAUUAUUUUAUUAGUUACAACUUAUUGGCACAAAUGCAACUAAUCUUAAAUUUUAGAGGGAGGACUAAAAUUAUAUAAUAAUAUUAAUCACUUUAUUUACAAUAUUUUUAAUAGUAAUAAUAUUAAAUUUUGUUUAACAAACUAUUAUAAAUAUAAAAUAAUAAAUAAUAAAUAACUUGGUAUAUCUACAUUUUUACUUUUUAACUAAUUUCUCUAAUCUUUUUCAAUAUUUAUUAGUGAAAAAAUGAAUUAAGAAGUAUAACUGUCUAACUGCAUCAUAAUAAGUGUUAAUCAAGUUAUUUGAGGAUUAAACAAACAUUUGAUUUUGCUAAGUACACGCUAACUUCCGCCUAAUUUCGCCUAUAUUUAUAAGUUAUUAGUUUAUAACCUCUGUUCAUAGAGGCGUAUUUUCAGCGGGGUUCCCGGGUCUCAACCCGCCCCCCCCCAGAAAUAAAUGACAUGCUAUGAAGGAACUAAGAAAGAGAAAAUUAAUUAAAUAUACUAUAUUUUAUAUCGUGUGUUUAUGUAUUACUUAUAUUGUAACUUGUAAUAAUAGAUCGAUAACAUUUAAGAGAGUUUUUACGUACUAUCGUUAUUAUAGUUCUUUUAAUAUUAUAAUAUCAAUAAAAUGUUUCAAUAACAUCUGAAGGGAUCAUAGAUUAACUGGCAAAAAAGAAAAUACGGUAAUCUGUUUUAUUAUAAAUCAAAUUGCAUAAUACAUUAACACAUAAUCCUUAAUCGCAUGCAAGGCGUUAAGUGCUAUAUGCUUUAUUAGGCGACAUCCUCGAACUUCGACUUCCAUGCGUGCCUUUCUUUAUUAGUCAGAGAUCAAGUACUAGCCUUGAUCAAAUCCCUACUUGAAUAUGGGACUAUCGUUUAGACCCCUUAUACCAAAAGUGACUUGAUAAAGUCCAGAACCGCUUUCUUGGUUUUGCCGGGUAUCGUCUAAAUAUCGACCAGACACCGCAUAAUUACGAUCUAGUUAGCGUAAUACUUGGACUUGAACCAUUAUGUGAACAUCACAUCAAAUUCCGUGUCAAUUUUACUAGAGGAAUAUUAUAAGGUCACAUUGACGCACCUCGCGAUUAUGCAUUCGUGUUCCAAGUAACACCAGGUUUCAGGAGUGCUUUUACUUGCCAGUGAUAUCAUUAGCCAGCAAUAAUUAACCAUUCGUACCUAGUCCAUCCUAUAUAUUAUUGUAAAAUAAUUAUUUAUUUGUGUGUGUAAAAAAUUAAAAGCCCGACUGACAUUAAUUUAUAAUAAAUAAAUACAUUUGUAUAUAGUAUAAAUAAAUUAUAAUAGAAAUGGAACAUAAAUAUUCUUUUAAUAAUUUGAAUAAUAUAAUUAUUAACUCACAACUCAUAAAUAUUUAUUAUAGCAUUACAAAAUUAUUUAUUUUAUAAUUCAAAUACAAACUACAAAUUUAGACUCUUCUUCUCAAAAAAAAAAAAAAAAAAAAAAAAAAAAAAUGUCUAUACUAUCCAUUAUAAAUACAAAUAAAUCUAUUGAACUAUAUAAUAUUAUAACCUAAAAAUUAUUUUAUAGGUGUGGUGCUUGUACGUGGCCCGUUUACUACAUGGCGGCGCUAUGGCGAUUUCGUUGAUCGUAUCUCCCUCGUACGUGGGCGAGAUGGCUAGCAUAUCGAUCCGGGGAUCCAUGUCACUUGUGAUCGAGUUCACCUACGCUUUCGGUCUGUUGCUAUCCUAUAUAGUCGGAUGGGUCGCAGACUAUUAUACUUUGGCCACUAUGGGUGCGGCGAUUCCAAUCAUCACCGGCGUAUUGAUGAUCUGGUUACCAGAAUCUCCUUACUAUCUGAUGAUGGUUGGUGAACCAAUAGGAGCGGCCAAGUCACUGCGGAGACUGAGGAGUUAUGACGAUUUGGCGUUCGAAAAUGAACUCCAAAUCAUUAGACACUCCGUUAUGGAAGAAAAGUGAAUAAUACCUAUAUUAUUGGGAUGGGUAAAAUACUUCAAAAUAAGUGUCUAGAUACUCGAUACAUUGAUUUUUCAAUAUCACAAUGCUAGAUACUUGAUACUCUCCAAAACUGAAUCGUAAUACGAGAUAUAAUUGUUUCCAAAAUACCUAUUUAAGAUACUGGUAUCGAAAAUUCCUAUUUAAGAUCCAUCCUAUUUAUUUAUACACACAUUUAACAUUUACCUAAUUUAACUUUUCCCGACCACCUUAUCUGUCAGUGGAUGCUGGUUCGUAUUAUAACUAUGUACUGAUUUUUAAAGAUGCGGUGGACAGCUACGGGACCUUCUAAACAGAGACCGAAUCCCGUUGGUUAUCGUAUUGACGUUAGCCGUGAUACAAAUGGCCUGCGGUGCCAGUGUAAUGGAGGCGUACGCUUCAUCUGUGCUCACUGAUACUGGGCUAUCACCGAACGCUAGCACCGUGGUGUUCGGGCUAUUUAUAAUUGUAGCAUGCGUGCCGGUCGCCCUUACAGUGGAUAGGUAUGGCCGGCGGCCGCUGUUCAUCGUAUCGUGCGUGGGCACCUUUGUCUGUCAUGUGAUCUUAACCGUCCUGUUGUCGAUGGACAAGUUGGCCGGCGUCGGGUGUCUGGUGCUGGCUGGCGUCUGUGGCGCCGAGUUUUUCAUCAACCUCGGGCUUAUACCGCUCGUAUCCAUCGUCCAAUGCGAAUACUUCCCGUCCGACACCCGUGGAUUGGCCAACUCUGUAGUCGUGUUUACUAUCACGCUAACGUCCACUCUGAUGUUGAAGAUCUACCAGCCCGUCACGGAAGCGUACGGCAAACAAGCCAACUUUAUCGGGUAUGCCGUGGUAACGUUUUUCGGCGCGCUGUUCUGUUACUUCUGGGUGCCCGAAACGAAAGGCAUGUCAUUUCUGCAGAUCCAAAAUGACUUCGAGAAGUAUACGUGGCGUGACCAAAAAUUGGACACAAAUAACCAGAUCGAUUAUGACCGGAUCUGAUCGGAAUGCCGCAGUCGCUCGCGAGUACACGUUUUCCGCCACCGCCGCCUAACUGCCAUUUUAGACCGAGGUAAAAAUAAAAUAUAUUAUUUCGUACACGAGUAUUUAAAAGAACUUUUUUUUUAAAAUUUUGUUUUAUUUUUUUGCCUUUAACAGGCAAAACGCGAACGACAUCUUACUUUGAUAUUUUAUAAUAUGAUCGAAUGUUUACACAUAAUAUUGUUUUUGUACGUUUUUAUAUUGGAAAAUACGGUUUGGAAAGGUCCUGCGAUUACCAAUUACCUAUAACGUGUUUUAUGUAUUUACUCGUACAGAAAUAGUAUAAAUUGCAUUAUUAACAAUGUCACUUAAGUGUGGCCGUGUACGGAGAUUGCGGACAUAUUAUUAGGUAGGUACUUCACCAUAUGUAAAAAAUGAUAACCGUUAUAAUUAUGCAUAAGUGAUAUUACCUGAAAUACCUUCAGUUCUAUUAAAUAUUUUAAAGUUUUUUUCUUUAAAUAAUUUCUUGGAAUUUCUAUAUUUUCUAUAUUUUUUAACUAAAAAUACAAAAUUUGAAUUGUUUAAAAAUUUAUUUUUACAACAUCCAAGAUAGUUAUUUUAUAAAUAUAUUUUAAAAUGAAACUUUGGUAUAAAAAAUAUUUUCUAUAAUGUUGAAUUCUUAAAUUUCAAUUUUUUUUUGAAAUUUACGAAAAUCAUUAAUUAAUUAUUUUUCAUGAAAUAUAUGGUAAACCGAUGGAGCUUGUAUAGCAGUGGCAAUGAAAACAAUUUAAACAACCGUUGACUCCAAAAAAUCGUAGACAAUAUAUAUUUAUAAAAUCGCUAUCUUGAAUUUUAUAAAAUCAAUUUUUUUUUUAUAUUUAUUUUAGUUAAAAAAAAUUUGUGAAAUGGAAGAACCAUAGCACAAGGCUCUUUAAUAUUUUUAUAAAAAUAAAAACCUAAAAAUAUUGAACAGAACAAACAAUUUUUCAAGUGUCUGAUCUUCGUGUUAAUAUAAUAAUAUAAGUAUAAGAAAUGUAAGUAUUAAACUAUUAUUUCGAAAAUGUCUGUUUUAAUACAAAUUUUCGAACCAUUUGAAUAAUUUCCCGAAGAAAUUCUCAUUAUUUUAAACAAAACCAUUUUCAUAAAUUAUAUUAUUUUUAACAGGUAUGUGGUAUACUAUUGGCAAUAAAUUUAUUUCGAUAAAAAUAUGCCGUUUCCUUCAAUUCGAAGUGCCUUAGUGGGACUACCUACAUAUAAAUGUACUUUCUUUUGUAAUAUACACUUUUUGACGACACAAUUUUAAGAACACAAAUUGUCUAUAUUCGGAUGCAAAAUCGUAUAUUUAGUAUAGUUUUCAGCAAGAACUAUCGGAGUUAUCAUUGCGUGUUUUAGAAUGUUUUGGGACAAGAACCAAAUAAGUCUAAUAUCAUAAACCGUACAAUCAGUUAUGCUCCUGGACAAAUAUUUUGGUUUGUUAGUUCAACAAAUCCAGAUUGUUACUCAGGUAGGUUUUCGAUUUUUUGAAAAUCAAACUUCUGAAUUCUUACAGCGUUAUUUUCCUAUAUAUUGUAUAGAAUAAAUUAAAAAAAAUAAUAUCAGUUAAUAUUGUAAUAAUAUUAUUGAUUGUGUCCGUAAACACAUAAUAAUAUAUCAUCAAUUAAUUAUCCCGAUAAAUAAAUCAUUACAAAUAAUAGACAUUCUUUUUUUUAUGUAACUUACACAAACGUUUUUACAUUAAUACGCGUAUAAAAAAAUUGCUUUACUCUUAUUUAUUUUGUACAAUUAAUAUUGUUACAAUGAUCUCAGUAAAAUAACAAUAAUUAUUUAUAUGGUUAUACUGUUUAAACAUUUGGAAAGAAUAAACACAAUAUUUAUGUUCUCAAUAAAAAUAUAGAAUGUAAUAUUUUGUUAUGAAAUUAUUAACUCUGGAUCGUUCGCAUUAUUUUAUCGGAGACAUCAAACAGUAAAAAAUGAUUUGAGAAAAAUUUUUUUGUUUUUUUAAAUGCAAUUAGCCCCGGAGGAUAUACCUAAUAUAUAGAUAUAUAUUUAUUUUUUCUUAUCAUAACCUAAUAAAAAGUGAAGUUGAUUAUAAUGAUAUUAUUACUGUACACAGUAGCGAUUAUGACGCUAACACACAUAUUAUAUUGAGAUUAGGUAUAUAUAUACAUAACGUUGUAAAUAAUGUAAUAAUAUUAUUAUUAGUUUAAAGGCAUUAAUUAUUUAUAUAUAUAUAUUUUUUUUUAUAUUCGUUACAUAAGCCGUAAAAAAAAUUAUUUACAUUAUAAUAUAUUAUACUUUGUAAAUUUUGAAUCGUGAUAAUUUACUUUACUUUUGAAUAGCUUAUAGUUUUUUAUUGUAUUAUAAUAUUAUUGUCAGUAGCAUGGCUAAGAGUCCUAUGUUUCAACUGAAAUUGGUAGGUGGAUUGUGUGGUAGUCGGAGGCGUACAGUAAGACUAUAGUAAAAUCAUAGGGUGAGGCAUUUUAUGUCGAUAUUAUUAAUUACAAUUUAGUUCCAAUUUGUUCACAAGAGGGAUGCAUAGUGGGCCCGAUAUUAAUGACAAUGGACAAAAACUUAAAGAAAAAACACAUGGAUUUAUAACAGAUUAUGUUGCUGUUGUAUUUGAGGAGUUUACCGCCUUUAAAUCAUAUGUUUACAUAGUUGUUUAAAUUUAUUUAUUUAUUUUCCAUUUUCCAUUUGUACAAUGCAUAUCGAGUUAUAAUUUAAUUUAAUUUUAUGCUAUUUUUUUCAACCUUUAUGGUGUUUAGUAAAAAAUCAUAUAAAAACUAGUUUUAUGAUUCAUUUUUUUUCUUUUUCUAAAAUUGUAGACAAGUCCACAUCAUAUUAUCUAUAGUAUUAUCAGAAAUAAGAUCUAUUUAUUAAAUACUUAACUUUUAAUUGCACAUAUUAGCACGAUUUUGUUUAACUAGAGAAAUUGUUUGCAAUUUUCAGUUCAUUUUUCUUUGUAUCUCAUUACAUGCAUUUAUGUUUUAAUUCAAAUUUGUGAUGAACAAAAAUUAAAUUAUUUUAAGUAUACAAUUUUUAAUUUCUUUACAUUAUACUUAAUGCUAUAGUCAACCAAAAAUAUAUAAGUCAAUAUAUUAGAAUUAUAUUUUUCGAGUUAAAAAUAGCACCCUCUUACCUCUCAAAAGGGUUUAAAAUUUUAGAUAUUAAAAUCAUUAUCAAAUUGUAUUCAGUGACAUCAAAAACGUAUAUUUUAACAUAUGGAACGAUAACUUCGGGUAAACGAAGUUUGUGUAAUAUCUAUUUUAGUAUGUUUUUUGGGGAUUCUGGCUUGUGCCGUAAUAGUGGCGGUGGUAAUAAAUAUAGAGAAUUUCUGUUUUCAUAAAAAAAUUAUUCUGUACACACUACUGUCCGAUAUUAAGAUUAUGAUUAUCUAGCAUAUAGACAAAGUCUUAGAAUUAUAUUUGAACAAAAUAUAAUUAAACUAUUUAUACAUGUUGUAUUUUUUUUAGCAUUGUAUUUUAAAUGCCAUUCUUAUAUGAUUACUUAAUAUAGUUAAGUUAUAAUGAUAUUAAUUGUAUAUAAUCUCAAAUUCUUGUUAUAACAUUAGGCCCCGUUCAUUUGUUUAAUUUUUUAAAUGCUUGUAAUUAUAGUCAUUGCAUCAUUAAAAUUUAAUUCAAUAUUACCUACAUAUCGAUAUUUGAUAAAUAUGAUUUAUAUAACUACAUAAACUAAUAAUUUGAUAUACCUAAACGUUGUAACAUAAUUGUAUCAAUCGUUAGUCAUUAAAAAUUAUAUAUUAUGGUUUUAUACCUGUAAUAUAUUUUAUUAUUAUCGGAUAGAAAAAAAGUUCCAAUAGUUUCUACACAUUUUUUUCUUCACCUCAACCUCAGUCUCCACUCAAUCACAACCUCACCAUCGACUCCAAAAUCAACCGGCUCAACUUCAUCCUUAAUCUUAUUGUCAGAAUUAUCCUCG